AUGGUCGACUGGAUCCAGGCAGACAAGGGCAGUGCAGCUAAUAUCCUACAACUGGCGGUCAUCCAGCAGAUGGGCUUGGAGACAAUGAUCAACAAAAUAGUCAAAUCGCUGACCGGCUUGAAUGGUGCAAUGACGGUCACCGUGGGCACAAUAAACCUCGACAUCUACUCCCCACCUGUAAUCAGUUCACAAACAUUCAUAGUCAUUAAUGAGGUCUCACCCUACAACGGCAUCCUGGGCAGACCAUGGAUUGACAAGAUCAACGCCGUCACCUCCGCCACACAUCAGAAAAUCCAGUACCUAAUUCCUGGGGGCGGUAUCGGCCAAAUCAACAGCGAUCAGGCAAUGGAGAGGAAAUGCUCCGCCCAAGGGCUGAAGAAAAGCAAACAAGCGCAGUUCAUCCUUAUGAGCCAGGCAGAUCCAAAUGAGGUUGAACAACCGAAUCUUGCUCUCUUAUAG